CGGAAGUAGUAGUAGUUUCUGACAUCUGUAUCCGGAAGUACUCGGCCAUCCCCGUUUUACGUCCUUGGGAAUAAGUUGAUUACCGGGAGACGGCAGUAUGUUCCUGAGCUGCGUGUCCUUUGCGAAGAGCAAAUCAAAGAUAUUCCUUGUGCAGAUGGUCAGUGCAGCCGGAACUGGAUACAAAUUUAACACCAGGAGAAACAAACUAAAGGAUAAGCUUAUACUGAGGAAAUAUGAUCCUUUUGUUAAACAACAUGUUCUUUUCUUUGAAAAGAGGAAAAUCCGCACGAUUUGAGCGUCAUGAAGUCAGAGUAACAGAUUCUCUACUGAACGGACUCAGGGGGGGUUAUACGCAGCUUCAGAUCCUCUGCGGCACAAGCUUGGAUUAGGAAACAAACUGCAGCAGCCAGCAUGCUGACUAUUGUUAAAGGAACAAUGUGAUGGACCAAUCAAAACACAGAUGAUGCCAGCUUUAUUUGUCCUGCAGAGUGUUACUGCCCGGUCUAAUGAAUCCACCAGAUGCUGUUUACUGAGCAGUUACGUUUUCUAAGACAGCGGCCUCUCAAAUAAAGCUAUUUAUUUUGCAUAAA